UUUAACGGCCUCGUUCAUGAUUUACGGAACAUUAGCUGUGACGGAGGAGUCAACUGCAAUCACGGGGGCUAUUUGGCUUCGCAAUAUCACCAUCCAAGGAGAGAUGAGCAGUAGCAGCGGAAGUUUCGGGGUUGGUGUUGGCGUCGGUGUUGCCGGUGGACCAACACUUGCUGCAGGACAACAAAGUCAAGGUGUUGCGGCUUUAUUGGUGAUGCUGGCUGUAUUGUGUUUCAUUUUUGCUUACUGUUGUUGGGGUGCUCCAUUCUGUCGAUCGCUUUGUAGACGACAUUGCUGUUGUCGUUUGGAAGAUCCUGAACCAGAUUCACGUUUUGGUAAUAGCGAUCAAACGAUGGUUGCUACACCAACGAUCAUUCUUUUACCACACGGUAGAAUGCUUGUGGUUGAUGGUACUAUGUUCACGCAGUUUCAGGCCGAUCCAACUGGUUUGGAUUUGGUAGAACUGGGUGAUAGUGUACUUCGUGCACAAAGAAAUCCGCGUAGUAUUAAUCGACAUCAAUUGCAAAACAGUCAAGGUAGUAUAUUGGAAAUGGAUGCUGAAACUCCUAGUAAAGAUAGUUUAGGAUCUAUAGCGUGUUUUCCACCGCCUACUUACGAAAGCAUUUACGGCAAAGAAGAGACUGAUAUGCCGCCUUCGUAUUCUGACAUUCUAUUGCAUAGGUUUGCUAAUCUUCCUCACGAGUUAGAGAUGCACGAUUUUUGUCGUAACGACAAAGAAGAGAUCGAAAUGCAAAGUUUAGAAGAUUGUCCUCAUAUAGUUGGUAAUCCCACGAACGUAUUGCCCUAUCCUUUUCUAACAAUAACGACUUUCUCCAGUCCAAGUUCCCCAAGAAGAACUGUCUCGAGAAAUCCAUCUAUCAUCAGUAAUCCCUUGGAUAAUUAUUACAUGGACAACGAUUUAGGGCUAUAUAGAUUAAGCCAAGAAAUGGUUCAUCGUGUUUCAAGCAACACUAAUUUGAAUACUUAUAGAACUUCGCACGAUGAUAUCACGUUUCAAUUGUUUCAUGAAAAUGAAAAUCGCCAAAGAGAAAAUACAAUAGAUAAUGAGAAUCACCGGUUGAAUUCACAAAAUGUUAAUCGAAACAACGAACAAAGAUACGCCCAUAGAGUGGAUGAAAUGAUAAACCCCGCAUCUGAGAACGCGACAAUGGAAAAUGAUAUAAUGAAUACAAGAAAUCGUGCACGAAGUAUCUCGAGAAUAAAUAACGAUAGUAAUACAAAUAGAGAACGUGUUUCUAGAGACAGUGAUGAACCUGGUGUUGCUUUUGUCAGGGUUGCUAAUUCUCAUGAAACUGAGACUUCCCUAGACGUUCCACAUGAAAUGUGCAACGUAAAUAGGGUUAACGAAAUUUCUCAAUCGCAAUUGUAUCAUGGAGAGCAAUCGAGUGGAAGAAAUGUUCAUUUACAAAAUACACAACAAACUAACGAAAUUAACCAAAACAACGAAGCUAGUCCAAAUAUAAGGUACCUUCAUAGAAGCAGGCGAAGCGAGGAUGAAAGUAGAACGCAAAAUGCUGAAGAUUCUGGAUAUCCUGAUGAUGAUGCUGGUAAUUUUGGUGCUCUUGCUGAUAUUCGCGAGAGUAGGGUCUGAUGAAUUAUUGCCAAUUGGACAAUUAAUUUUUAGGAUAUUGUAUGCUAACAUCGCGCCCUACUUUUCAUUAUUUUAUAUACUUUCAAAAUUCAUUCGUUUUCUGAUACACUUAACUCUAAUGAUAACGCACACGCAGUGGUAUAGAGUAGUAACUAAUGAAAUAAUGAAUAAAUGCCGAUAACAGCUCUUAAAAUUUAUAUGAAAGAUUUUUACGAUUAUUAAAGCAGAGAAUCUAUUUACGCAUUUAUCAUUAAAAAGAGCAUACUGUUUUUUCUUAAUAUAACUUAUACAUAAUAUAUAUAUUGUUAUCCGAAAUGUUUAGAAAAUAGGUUAAUAUUUAUUAUGAUAUAUAAAUAUUUAUUGCGAGUGAGAUCAUUCUGUUGAUAUGAAAUAUCAAAUUUCAAGUUACAAACCCUUUCUACUUGGUGUGCGAUCAUGUAUAUAUAUAUAUAUAUAUAUAUAUAUAUACUUAUAUAUAUGUAUAUACAUGUGUUAUGUUGCAUUGCAUUAAACAAUAGUAAUACACUUCCUUUAAGAAGAUUUAGUGAACAUUAUUAUAUAUCACUAUUAUAUGUCAUAUCUAAUAAUUGAUAAAUUUUUACUUACAAUCUGUUAAAUUAUAUUAUAUUAUCUCCCGAAAUAAGAUUUAUUUUAAUAAAAAUUGCUUAAAAUUCUGGCGCUAAAUGGUCCAGGUACGCCUGACAAUAUCUUUUAAUAAAUAAUAAUGAAAGUGUAUAGUGAUAUCAAUAUCAAUUAAUUUAAAGACUCAGAAAAGUUAUGUGUAUUAGUACAGUGCCUAAUAUUUUGUUUUUUAUAUUUUAUUAUAAAACAACUGUAUUGAUUGUAAAUUAUUUUCAAGGGAUUUAUAUUUAACAAUGUAUACGCGUUUUGCACAAAAAUAAUAAUUUUAAUUAUUAUUUCAUAGAUGUCAGGAAAGAAAUCUCUAAAUAUUAUUUUAAUAUACUUUUAUGAAAGAUUAAUUUAAUUAUGCUCUAAAUAUCAGAUUAAAUGGAACUAGAACAGGAUGUACAAUAAAUAUAAAUUGAAAUUGUUAUCAGGAAAAGAAUUGUUAUAAAAAUAAACAUCUAUAAAAAAUAAUAAAUUUUUAAAUAUUACACAAGAACCUUGAUUAUUUAUUUUUGUGUAAUACAAUAAGCAUUGAGUUGUUGUCAAGAUAAUGUUAGUUCAGUCCGUCCACAGAAGUCUGUGUAUGCACUAUAUUCGGCUUAAUAUCUUCAAAAUUUUGUAUAAAUCAUAAUUAUCCUAUAAUAAAAAUUAUAUGUUUUCCAUUUACGUUAUCUGUGUAAGUUUACUACUCUGUGAUUAUGAAUUCUUUAUUUAAUUUGGACAAACAAAUAAUCAACAAUCAAAAAAAAUAACAAGAAGAAGAUUAGUACUCUGAGGGUACAUACAUAAAUUAACUAGUCAUUAAUUCAAGACCACAAACUUGCACCAUAAGUCGUUUAACUUCACAUGGAAUCAAAUAUGUAUUAUAAUUAUAAUUUAUACAGAAGAAUUAUGUACUGUACACAUUAUCAUUGUUACCAUGUAGUUUACAAAGGAUUAUUAAGCAGGCGUUAUAAAAAAAAAAUAAAAUAAAAACUUUAAUAAGAGA